AUGCCCCGCAAGAAGACUUCGAGCAAGGCAGCUUCCCCCGUAGCUUCAGCAUCGCAUAACCGCUCCGGAUCCUACCCUGGUGAGCCGGUUGCCUUUCAGUUGGCUGUGGUCAACUCUUGCUUAGGCAACGAAGACAUACGACUUCCUCGGCUGCCGACACCGGCGUUGCUGACCCCCUUCUAUGCCCAAUACGAAUCCACCGCGGCGGCGGCCUCGCUGCGCACGUCUCCGUGGAAGAGCGACUACUGGUGUACGAAGGUGGCGCACGUGGCGCUUGGACGUCACUCAGCCCUUCCGGCCGUCUACAGGCUGCUACACGAGUGUGCCGGGCGACUUCACGCACGUGUCGUAUACGUGCAGACAGCAGCUGUGCACCGACAGCUUCAAAAAGCGUACCCACCUCUGCCACGGAGCGGGUCGCAUGCGAUAACGGUGGGUGGGGUCGGGGACAAUGGCGACGUGGUAAUCGUCGAGCCGGCGAAACAAGGCGGUGGGGCAGCAACAGGUGCUGCUGGCCCGCCCCCGCCGACCGUCUUCACGACCUCGUACUACCUCCUCAUCAACCACAGCGAGAAUCCAACCUUUGUCGGCCCAGACCGGGUGCCGCAGGGCCGCAGUGUAGUUCUUCAGGAGGGUGAUGUGCUGAGCUUCCUCGAGUGUGCCUUCGACGAAGAUGGCGGCGUUCUCGAUGGAGCUGACAUCGCCAAUGGAGGAGAUGGCGCAGAGGGGCAUAGCAGGUACACACCAAUCGACGUGGAAGCAGUGGAGUGUUCUUCAACGACGGUGGAACAAGUCCAACAGCUUGCGAAGGAGUCCUUGUGGCAUUGCAUCGACGCACCUGCCGGAGGUGACGCACCUCGGCCCUCAUCGUCGUCGGCGCUCACAACCCACCAAGUGCGCGUGGCUCACCGCGUGGUGGCAACUCGACGCCUCUACGAGGUACCUCAUGUGGUUCAGGAGUACAUGGGUUGGUGGCACCGGCACACAACGCAACUUCUCGAGGAGCGCCACGUGGACGACCGAUACCUCGCAUCACUCCCGGCCGAGCCGGUGGGCGUUAACUGUGCUUGGAUGGUGUCCGGUAACCACCUCGUACACGCGCCGAGUAUCGCUGACAGCAGCCUCGGAUCUGUAACGUCGGCUUGCACCAACGCCGAGGGUUCCUGUGACAUCUCAGCCACGACAGUGGCACACUCCUCCCCUUCCCCUUCCCUCGGCUCCCAGCACUCAGGGAGUCGCCAUCUGUCUGUGCUGCCCAGCAUGCAGCAGCACUUCCCCAAGGACCUCCUUCAUACCCCUGCGGUCGCCACGGCGCUACGGCGGUGGUUGAAGGACACGGAGGAUAUGGAGGAGGUGGCCGAUGAAGUGCAUUCGCCACUGGCAGCGCGGCUGGUGCUGGACCGCGCAUGGCUCUGGAGCCUUGUUCGCCGCCGCCACCGGCAGUCAGCGACGCCUCAGCCGCAGCCCUCGAGUCCUACCGCAUGCGACGCGUUCAGCCCUUCACAGGUGAAGCUGGUAGGCAACGACAAGGCGGCCACCGCCGGGUUGGCGUGCCCUGUGAGAGUGAAAAGACAAGAUGAUGCGAACCCCGGCAGUGUACCUCUGCAACUUGACGGCUCCUCUUCUCCAGAGAGCGCAUCUGACACGGCGGAGCGCUUUCGCAUCCCCGUGUCGAAGGUGUUAAACAAUUCCGUCGCCACCGGCGGCGGCGCUGUGUCGCCGGCGCUCCCCGCCACGUCGCUGUGUACAACAAGCGCGGUGCAGAGAGUGCUCAAGGAGCUGCGCCAGAAUCACAGCAAGAAGAAGGACCCCGCCAGCGAGCACAGCACUCAAGCUCUGCUACCUCCGUCUUUGGGGAAUGAGCACAAGGUGGGCUCCAGCGUCGCUCGCGCUGCGCCAGGUGUGCACCGGCCUCUCCGCCUCGAUGCUGAGCCGAUUCAUGUGUGCAUGAACAGCACCACACAUACUGCAAUGAGGCCUGUGAGCGGAGAGGCAUCACAGUGGCCGCUAAGGGACUCUUCUUCGGUGGGAUCUGUUGGGCUGCCGACGUGCGUGCCAGCCGUACGCAUAAAACCGGCAGCGCUCCCAGUUUACGUCUUUACUCGCCGAAGUCCGAGCCCCGACGUAUACACGCGCGAACAGAGCUCCUUCACACAUGCAUGCUCCUCCUCCUCCCCAACAGUGGUAGGGCAAGCGAAGGGUACCGGGGCGACGGGGUCUACGUCAGGGAUCGGUGCUGCCAAGCAGUACGUGUACUACUACUACGAGGCAGACAAUCGCCCCUCUGGUGGCGGUGCAACAAGCGAUUCGUCGCCCGCCUUAGCGGAACUGUCGUCCCCGGCAUCAGCAAGUGCGGCGCCCCUUCAGCACGAGUCGCUCACGGACUCGAGCGAGGCUCACGACGGUUUUCUCUGGGUCGAUGAGGCAGAGAGGACUGAAGAGGUCCCGCGAUCUGCCGCGACGCGAAAACGACGCCGAGGCAAGAAGAUCGCAGCUACGCGCAAGAGACGAGCCUCCGAGACGAUAUUGUCGGCAGCUGAGGCGAAAGUGGCCCGUGACGAGGGCGCCUCCGUAGCACUCGACGAGCUACGACCAACGUCGACUGCGAAGCCACCGCCACCACGGCGUUCCAAGACGGCGCCACGCGUCAACUCGAGAUGGGCAGCGCCGUUAUGA